AUGUACGAGGAGGCAGAGCCUGUCCGGUCGCCUUUCUCCGGCCCCGACAGCCGCCAAAUCAGCGGACCGCCGCUGCAACCCCAUCCCGUCCGUCAGAGUGGUUCCCGCGGGCGUGUCCGCCGUGGCAACGGCGCUUCUGACAAGCAGCGGGAAGACCAGGACACGUCUUCACACACGUACGAAGACGCCGAGGAGGUGAAACGUUACGCAACGUCUCCAGACGGCGCGUAUCCGGGUGGAGCGAGCGGCCGCCGUGGUGUCUGUAGCUUCCUCCGCGCCCGCCUCAGCUGCCUAGCCGCCGGCAUCGCCGUGCUACUGAGCUUAGGCGCCGUGGGACUCGCCCCUCUGACAUUAAGUAACAAACAGGAAAUAUCCCAAUUGUCGACUACUGUCGACACCUUAAAACGUGACCAAGACGAUAUGCGCCAAUUGUCUACUACCGUUGACGCCUUGAAACGCGAUCAAGACGCCUUGAAGCACGACCUGGAGAGCGAGCGCAACCGGACCGCCACCUUGGAGCAGCGUCUUCACGAUUUUCAUACAUCUUGUCCCGGAGGCUACACAAUCUGGCGUGGAAUUUGCUACAAGGCAUUCAACACACGCAAGACCUUUGACCAAGCGGCCGCAGCCUGUCGGGAAGACGGCGGCACCCUCGCCAUGCCCCGAGACGCUGAGACCAACGCCUUCCUGGGCUCCUUUUGCAAUCCCUUACACGACCGCUUCUGGAUCGGCCUGCACGAUCAGCGCGAAGAGGGAAGGUUUGAGUGGGUGGACGGUUCUGCACUUGGGCCGUACAGCUCCUGGGCUCCGGGAGAACCGAACAACUAUGGGCGCGGCCAAGAUUGCGUCUUUUAUUACACAUUCCUGAAAGAUAAGUGGGUCGACUCUACCUGCCAGAGUCCUCUUCACUUCAUUUGCCAGACUGCUCCAGGACGUCCAUAG